AUGAUAGUAAAUAUUGACGUCGGAGUUUCCAAGUUUGAGGAGGAAAAUACUCUAAAAUCAAAACAGAUCUCCGACUUGCAGCUAAAUCUAGGUGCAUUAUAUGUUGGGUACUUCGAACUGAAAAAUAAGCUAAUCAGUGAAUUUAGUGACAAAUUCAAGACAUCGGUCGUUGAACCAAAUGCAGCAGAACCUUCUAAUUGUGCUCCUUCCCAAGUUGCUCAAGAUCCUCCUGUUGAUCAACAUGUCAAAACAACCCAUAUCAUUGAUCAAUUUGACAGUGAACCUGCUCAAGCUCAUCCAAGAAUAACUCUAAAGCAAUGUCCAAGACAAGUUACUGCUCAACGAAAGAGAGUUUUGCUCUUCAUGAAAAACUCCAACAAAAAUGUUUGUGGAGAUCAACCUCAACUGACCGUAACUAAGCUCGAGCAAAAGCAAUUCAGGAGGAAGAGUGGAAAGGUGGAAUACUACAACCACCAAAAUUACUUUUGCUCAUGGACCAGAGUCAAUCUUGGAGAACUUGCUGAUGCACCUUUUCACAAUCCGUCAAAUGAUCCCCGUGCAACUGAUUUCACAAGCUUCUUGGAGAAUUAG